AUGGCAUGGCAAAUUUCAGAACCCAUGAGAGAAACAUAUGAGAUGAUGAGUCAGAAAGAUUUGGAGGCAAAUCUCUCUGAGUUCUUGCAGGAGAAAAGGUACUUGAUAGUCCUAGAUGAUGUAUGGGRCAAUCAAGUAUGGGAUGAACUGAAAGGCGCUCUGCCAUGUGGGAUGAAGGGAAGCAGAAUAUUGAUCACUACUCGUAAUAAGGCCACGGCUUUAUAUAUUGAUCCAAAUAGCAAUCCUCAUGACUUGCGCUUAUUAGACAAGGAGAAAAGCUGGGAAUUGCUUUAUAAGAAGAUAUUCAUGACCAGAAAAACUAAUUUGGAUGUGGCAAAGAUGAAGCAGUUGGGGAUAAACAUUGUGGCAAGAUAUGAAGGCCUGCCCCUUGCAUUGGUUGAAAUAGGAGAGCUCUUGGCAAGGGAAGAAAAGUCACAAAUUGAUCUACUGAAAGUGCUUCAAAGUGAAAAUCAUAAUCUCAGUCGAUUCCCAGAACGAUGUUUACAGACACUAGCUUUGAGUUAUUACCAGUUACCCAAUCACUUGAAAUGGUGCUUUUUGUAUUGCAGUAUCUUUCCAGCCAACUAUGAGAUCCCCACACAGAAGUUGCUGAGGCUGUGGAUAGCUGAGGGGUUUAUUCAUCCAAGUGAUGGAAGGACACAGCAGGAGGUUGCAGAGGAAUACUUAGAGCAGCUGCAUCACAGGAGCUUGAUUCAAUCUGUAAAUCUGAGAUCAGAUGGGAGUAUUAAAUCAUGCCGUGUCCCUCAAUUUCUGCUAGAGGUUGCCGUGUUAAAUGCCAAGAAAGCCAAUUUUCUUGACUUUUACACAGGCCUUGAUUGUGAGUGCCCAACCGAAGCUCGCCGAGUUGGUAUUCAUUCUGCCAUUAUUCCUCCAAUAUUCUCAAUUUCUGGCCUCCGGACUGUAUUGCUCUUUGGAAAGUAUACAGAUAUUCUUGAAAUUAGUAAGCUGGAUUGCAUUGGAGAUCUUCAAUUGAUCAGAGUCUUGGAUCUUGAGUGUGUACAGCUUUCAGAGGUGCCGCAUGCAAUUGGGAAACUCAUCCAUCUAAGGUACUUGGGGUUGAAGCAGACAUGCCUAAAAGAUGUCUCAUCGGUGAUCGGCAAGCUCCAAAACCUACAAAUUCUGGAUAUUGGAUAUAAUUCCAUUGAAGUGCUUCCACCAACCAUAUUUGACCUGCAGAGCUUACAAGUCCUAGAUGCAAGGUGUAACCAAAUAAAGGAGCUUCCAUUGACAAUCUCCAAACUUUGCAACCUGAAAACACUUGAUAUAAGGUGUAACCAAAUAAAGGAGCUUCCAUUAACAAUGCCUGAAAUUCGUAACCUACAAACUCUAGAUGUAAGGCGAAACUUCAUUACUAUCAUAUCUAGCAAGAUUGCGACAAGGGUAAGACAACUAUAUAUGGAUCAGGGAGUGACAAUUUGGUAA